AUGGCAUCUUGUACAAGGCUUUAUGAUCAGCUAGAUAAAAUAUCUAAUUUACUUUGUGAUUUCACUGAAUUAUCCAAAACAUAUCUUAAAAAAAAUUCAAAAAAGUUGAUAGAUUUACAAAAUAAAUGGUCAAAAAAUAUUUUAAAAAUGGAAAACUUAGUUAAGCAUUUGAAAAUUUUAGGUUAUGAUUAUGCUAUACCACAAGAAAUAAUAGAUUUUAAAUUUGAAGAUCUGUUAUCUUCCUCUUAUGCUUCAUCAUCAUCAUCUACAUCCAGAAUUUUUGAUAAUCAGAAAAAAAAAAAUAAAAAUAUUAGCAAUAGCAAUAACAAUAAUCCUUUUACUACUAAUACCUCAUCACAAAUUACAACUACCACUGACACCACCAUCACCAAUAAUAAUACAUGGAAAGAAGCAAAAACCAAUUAUGUUGUAGUGUUGGAUAGUGAUGAUGAAAAACCACAAGAAGUUAAUAAAUGUGAUGGUAGUGUUGUUGAUGUUAUUAUGAUAGGCACCGAAUCUAAUCCGCUUAUUAUAAAUGAUUCCUGUGAGGAAUUAUGCGGAGAAUUAAUAGAAAAAGAAGAAGAAAUAUUUUUGGAGAAUAUAAAAAAUACACUUGAAAUAUAUGAUAAUGAAUUUGAUUAUAGAAUUAAAAAUGGAUUCCCAUUAAAUUCAAAAAAAUUAAAAGAAAAAUAUGUCAGUGAUGAUAGUGCUAUGGAAUCGGGAGUUGAAAUUGACACAUCAAAAUUGGAACCAAUUGAUAAACUUAGAAAUUUGCAGUGUAUAGAUUUUCACCAAGGUAGUGGUGAUGUUAAUGAAAUGGCAUUUCAUAUUUCAAAGUUCAAAAACCACGAGGGGCCCAAACUUGCAAUUGCUUACAUAGCAAAUCAUGACCCAAAAUAUAAUAUGACAGGUAAUCUACAAUUAUUUGAUGCCAGGAAAGGAACUGUAUAUUACUUACAAGGACAUUAUGAUCAUCAUACAGAAACUACAAAUGAAAAAUUAUGGAAAUCUGUCACAGAUGUGAAAUUUUCUCAGAGGGGAAAAUUUAUUUAUUCCUGUUCCACUGAUAAAAAAGUCAUUAUCUGGUCAUCAAUAGGUAAAGAAGAUCAAAUUUGCACUCCCUUGGCAACUGUAGAAUGUGAAGAUACUGUGAAUCGAAUUGCUGUUAAACAUGACAAAUCUAAGGUCACAUAUCAAUUUGCAUCAUGUGACAAUUCAGGCAGCAUCACAUGUUUUAGUUUGAAUGCAGAUGAAGGUAAUUCUUAUAAGCUAGAUAAAAAUAUUUUGCAAAUGAAAACAAAAAUAACAACUGCACCACCUAUUGUUGACAUAGUUUAUGGUGUUGACUAUUUUGAUCAGACUAUUGUUGCUGGUUUUGAAGGAGUUGAAUCACAAAAAGAUGGCUUUAUAAGGUUAUGGGAUAUAGAAACAAAAAGAAAGUUAACUGACUAUAAGAUAGGAAGUAACAAUAGUGUGAGUUGCUUGGGGAUGUCAGCAUCUGGAUAUCGGGUGGCAUGUGGGGUGACAUCAACUAGUGACCAAGUUAGAAGUGAUGGAAAUAUACGUUUGAUUGAAUUAGCAUCUAGUGAAAAGAAAAUGUUUCAAACCAAUGAAUAUGAUUCUAAUGUUAUUGCAUUUUCACCAGAUGAUCAAUAUAUCGCAUUGGGAGGGGUGGGGAAUAAAGUUUGGAUAUUUGAUACAAGAUAUGAAAAUAAGCCACUUAGAAUGCUUUCUCACAUUACUCCAAAUGAUGGACUAAUAUAUGAAGGAAUCAAUGGAAUUCAAUGGAUUAAUAGUAAUAUGAUUUUAACUGGAGGUUCAGAUGGUAUUGUUAAGUUAUGGAAUAUUAAUAAGUCAGAGAAUUCAUCCACUUGUUUGAAAUAUGAAUUCCCAGAACAUGAUAGUCCAAUAACAUGUAUCAGAGCAGAUGAGGAUUUGAAUUAUUUAUCAGUUGGUGUGUCAACAGGACGUGUUUAUUUAUACUCUACUGAUCAAACUGUAUUGAAUAAUAGGGACAAUAUUAGAUUUUAUUACCAUAAUGAAUAG